UAUCUAAUAAGUUUCAAAGUCGGCGGAGUCCGUUUGGGCGAGCACAACAUCGUGACUGAUCCCGACUGCGAGCAGGGAUAUUGCGCGGAGCCGGUGCAAGAUUUCCUGCCCGAGUCGGUGAUCGUUCACGAGGAUUACAACAAACCGUCGUACAAGAAUGACAUAGCCAUAAUACGGUUGAACAAGCCGGUGGUUUACAACGAGCACGUGAGACCGAUUUGCAUGAUCAACGGUGAACUCCUCAGGAAGAACUUCGUCGGCGAGAUGGCGGAAGUCGCCGGUUGGGGAAUUUAUGAUAUCAGUAAGACAUUUAAGCUAAUAAAUAUUUAA